GUCUAACAAGGUGGUGUUUGCAUGCAAACGGAGAGCACUUUUCUCUGUCUUCCUGCCUCUGCGUUCAUUUGCAAAUAGAAGCGGCGGGAGCGUCAUGAGUGCGGAGGCAUUGCCGGCCCAAAUUAUGGAUCACAGCUUUGUCAAGCACGGCCCGGCGCUGCGGUUUGUCGACGUUGGACAUCAUCAAAAUAUCAAUGGAGUCACAAGUUUCGGAUUAGCGCCACAUACGCAUCAUUCCAGUGAGGGAAGUGUGGAGGCCGGCAGCAUGAGUCUCGGUCCAUUCAGCAGGGACAAUUCCCACCACAUGGGUGCCCUGAAACUCAGUCCGCCGCAUCCCAUGAGCGAGAUCCCCAGCAGCCAAGCCAACUUCAGCUCGCCGACCAACGGGUACAGUCACGCUCACCACCACGGGCCGGUGUCGGGCUACCCCACGGCAGCAGCGCAGGCCUUCACCGCCAGCAGGGACUUCCUCCUCCGACGAGAGCAUCUGGCCGGGACGGUGCCGCUGCCGGGGUCUCUGACGCACGACCACAACACCGCCGGCUCCGGGAUGUUCGUGCCAACUUCGGGCAACUUCCACGGGCACGGGCACGCCGACAGCUCCCACCUCAUGUUUCCGGGCUUCCACGAGCAGGCCGCCGCCCACCAUCCACAGAACGCGCACCACGUCAACGGACUCAGCCUGCCCGGCGACGGCUACGGCUUCAACCAAGUGUCGAGCCCGCGUCGCGACCAUCUCAUGUCCAACCAGCUCAACCAUCACAUGGCGCCCAUGAACAUGCCACCGCACGGCCCUGCAGCCUUCUUCCGCUACAUGAGGCAGCCCAUCAAGCAGGAGCUGUCCUGUCUCUGGAUAGACCCCGACCAGCCCGAGCCCAAGAAGCCCUGCAACAAGUCCUUCUCCACCAUGCACGAGAUCGUCACCCACGUCACGGUGGAGCAUGUCGGCGGGCCCGAGUGCACCAACCACGCCUGCUUCUGGAAGGACUGUCCGAGAGACGGCAGGGCCUUCAAGGCCAAGUACAAACUGGUCAACCACAUACGGGUCCACACGGGCGAGAAGCCCUUCCCUUGUCCCUUCCCAGGCUGCGGCAAGCUCUUCGCAAGAUCCGAAAACCUCAAGAUACACAAGAGAACACACACAGGCGAAAAACCGUUUAAGUGCGAGUUUGAGGGGUGCGACCGGCGGUUCGCGAACAGCAGUGAUCGGAAGAAGCACUCGCACGUCCACACUUCGGACAAGCCCUACAACUGCAAGGUCCGGGGGUGUGACAAGAGCUACACGCACCCCAGUUCGCUACGGAAACACAUGAAGGUCCACGGUAAAACUUCUCCUACUCCAGACGACGAGAGUUUCGGGAGCCCGUCCUCCACGAGCUCGGAGACUCAUCGGGACUUGCCGCGGAUCACGCAGCACCCUCUCCCGACAUCUGCCACCCUCGCGCCGACCCCGACACACGCCACCAACCUCAGCGAGUGGUACGUGUGCCAGUCUACCGGAGGGAUGCCCACUCCGCCUUCCAACGAACAUUCGCCGAUAUCUUCGUGCGUAAGUCCAGUCCACUUAACAACUACCCCCGUAGCCAGCGGUAUUGGUCAUUUCUGACUAGGCCAGAGACUCUGACAUCACACUUACUCAAACCCAGACAAGACUGGUUGCGAAAGAAAAGAAACUAGACAAGUUCGUCUUGCAUAAAAUCAUACUUUGCCAUGUCUGUUAUGAUUUUACAUAGUCAGAACAAUCCAUGCGAAAGGCCUGGCUGCAGCCAGUCAUCGCGUCCAAUGUGCCACAUUUGUAGAGUUAAAGAAUUGAAAGCAAUAUUUUGUACAGAGGAUGUAUACUAGAAAGAUAUCGUUUUUCGGAGAAGGUGCUCUCUGUUGUUAUUUUUUGUCGACAUACCUCGCUUUAGUUUGUUUCUCAACCGUCGUUCGCUUGUGUAGCUUCGAUUUUGUCUUAUAAGUGCGAGUCAUUCGCUGAAAAGUGUGAGGUUUUAGUCUUCUUAAUGCGAACAGUGAAACGUGUCUUUCCCACUAUUGUAUUGAAAGAACUCUGUGAGAGAAAUAAUCUUCAUAUUUCUGAACAAAAAGCAUUCCAAUUUUAAGCGACAUUGUAGAAUAAUAGUCUAGUACGCCGCCAUAGCCCCUGACUAGGGCUUAUGUAGUCGCCGAGUUAUGAACUAAGUAGAGAAAACCUCACGAGAGAGAUCAUGAUAUUUAUUGUAAAAUAUUGACUUUUAACUCUAUUUUUUACGUCGCGACAUGUGUAAAAAAUUCAAUAUAUAUUGUUCAUAGUUCAGCCUAAGUUUUUGUACGUCCGUACAAUAAGCAAUGUAGACUCGUGAGUGGAAACAGUGCACUGUCUUUAGACCGUGGAUGGUAGAUAUAACAUAUUCUCAGACCACAUGUUAGAUACAGAACUGAAAUCACAAAAGAAAGCUCAAAGUUUUCGAAUCCCAAGUUUUUAGAUUGUCUCGAGCUUGUAAAUAACGUAAAAAACUUGUUGUCGGAGUUGUUCUCAGUUGCCUAACAUUUUCAUAAUUUUAUGUUUUGUUUAUUUAUUGAUUAAGUGCCAUUCCCAUUCUAAUGAACGUAUCGAGAGAAGACAGUUGAAAUUCUGUACUAGUUGUUGAGUUCUCCGGUAUUUGCCUGUGUUUGUCGUUCCUACACAAAUUGUUUUUUCUUUGUUCAUCCGCACACGUGCAGGCCAGAUUAAAGUUGUGUAAAAAUUUGGAA